AUGGAUGAGUUUCCAGUAGUCGAAGUGCCAACAGACAAAGUACUCGAAGAGGAGGAAUUCGAGCAGCUCUACUCGGCAUCCACUGGAAUCAUAGCACUGCUUUCCAUCUUCUAUGGCACUAUAAGCUUUUUGGCAGUCAUCGGAAAUUCACUAGUCAUUUGGGUGGUGUUGACGACUCGUCACAUGCACACCGUUACAAACAUGUAUAUUGCGAAUUUGGCAAUUGCCGAUGUGGUCAUUGGAUUAUUUUGUAUACCAUUUCAGGAAAAAUUCAAGCGAGAAUUCAAUAAGCGUUUUUCUGCCUGCUUUUGCAAAUUUCGCACCAACUUGACUGCACAUGAGCGUACGCUCUCAAUGCAUACACGUGCCACAUCGAUACGUUCGAACUUUGCCAAUUCGUCGAUGCGUAUACGCAACAAUUUAUAUGCAGAAGCUGCAGCUGGUGGCGGGGGUGGUGGCGGUGGCGGCGGUGGUUGUGGAAAUAUUUACUACACAUAUCGUUACGCAAACUUGCGCAAGGACAGAAGCAACGGCAACAAUGACACUUACAACAUGAUAACUUACACAAUUGAGAAUGGGGGAACAGUGCGUUUGAAUGAGUGCAAUAGUAAUAAUAAUGGCAUGGCGGCAGGCAGAAAUACGGGUAGCGGUUGCACGGAUGUACCACAAUGGCGGCGAAAUAACUUCAGACCGCUAUAUCCUGAUGUGAUUGAAUGCGAUGAUGACUUAGAUACGUUGAUGCAAUCUACACCAACAUCCGAAGAGCCAAAUUCCAGUUCACGUGGCAGUAAUGGAGCCGGUGGGGUAACGGGUGGUCCUGGUUUUGCGCUGACAACGAAAGGGAAAAGAUAGCUGGGCAUUGUAACUCGGUGACAGAGCUAUAUAAAUUCCAUAUCAUAUGGUAACCUGGAAAUUGAAACAAGCCAGUGAGCAGCACAUGCGCCGAUUGCGAAAGGCUGUGAAAAGCGAAUGGGCGUCGUCGCGGUCGACGGAAGCGCUGAAGAUACUACUGGAGGUUCAA